UGCUUCCUAACGCCGCCUGGUCACACUGGCCAUUAUGCAUGCACUUCGUAAUUUAGCCGGCAAUGGCAAAGCAAAUGCGUUUGGCGUAUGGAUCAGCCGCCGCCUCAGCUAUGUCCUGGGUAUCGAGACUUCCUGCGACGACACGGGCAUCGCCAUCGUGGACACCACAGGCAGGGUGAGGGCGAAUGUGCUGGAGUCGCAACAGGAGUUUCACACCCGCUACGGAGGCAUCAUCCCACCUAGGGCCCAGGAUCUGCACCGCGCCCGCAUCGAGUCCGCUUACCAGCGCUGCCUGGCAGAGGCGCAAUUAAAGCCGGAGCAACUGACGGCCAUCGCGGUGACCACGCGACCCGGGUUGCCGCUGAGCUUGCUGGUGGGCGUGCGCUUCGCACGGCACCUGGCCCGUCGACUACAGAAGCCCCUGCUGCCCGUUCACCACAUGGAGGCCCAUGCGCUGCAGGCCCGCAUGGAACAUCCGCAGCAGAUCGGCUUCCCGUUCCUCUGCUUGCUGGCCAGCGGUGGCCACUGUCAGUUGGUGGUGGUUAACGGGCCUGGUCGCCUGACGCUUCUGGGCCAAACACUGGACGAUGCGCCCGGCGAGGCCUUCGACAAGAUCGGCCGUCGACUGCGACUGCACAUCCUGCCGGAGUAUCGUCUGUGGAAUGGAGGACGGGCGAUUGAGCACGCCGCCCAGCUGGCCAGCGAUCCGCUGGCGUACGAGUUUCCGCUGCCACUCGCUCAGCAGCGUAACUGCAACUUCAGCUUCGCAGGCAUCAAGAACAAUUCCUUCCGCGCCAUUCGGGCGCGCGAACGUGCUGAGCGGACGCCUCCGGACGGAGUCAUCAGCAACUAUGGCGAUUUCUGCGCCGGCCUGCUGCGUGCUGUCAGCCGGCACCUUAUGCACCGCACCCAGCGGGCAAUCGAGUACUGUCUCCAGCCGCAAAUGCGGCUCUUUGGUGACACCCCGCCCACGCUGGUCAUGUCCGGCGGUGUGGCCAAUAACGAUGCCAUAUACGCCAACAUCGCCCACCUAGCCGCGCAGUACGGGUGCAGGAGCUUUCGGCCAUCCAAGCGGUACUGCUCCGACAACGGCGUUAUGAUCGCCUGGCACGGCGUUGAGCAACUACUGCAGGAUAAAGAGGCCAGCCUUCGCUUCGACUACGACCGCAUUGAUAUCCAGGGCAGCGCGGGAUUCGCCGAGUCCCACGAGGAAGCUGUCACGGCGGCGGCACUCAAAUGCAAGUGGAUUCAACCACUGGGUUGAUACAACCAUUAGCUCCGGUUAUGUUUGAUAUGUUCUUACAAAAUAAUAGAGUAUAGUUUCAGUAAUAAAUGAACACUUGUUGUUGUUGAAUCCA